AUGCUCAUAUAUAAGCCCCCUUAUCUGAGUCUGGGAGUAGCUGGCGUCUCACACUUCCAUAUGAGGGAAUGCCUAAACUCUGAUAAAUUAGCAUGGACUGUUUUUUCUUUGCCCAUGGGCAUGGAUUCCUUUGAUAUCACUGGAGCUAAAAGAUUGAAGUCACUUGUUGAGAUUGGACAGAAAGGUUUUAAAUAUAGGAAACUUUCAUCCCAGCAUCUUGAAAAAAUGGACAGCAGGGCGGCGAUUGAAGAAAACUCAAAGGACUCGCGUCUUUCAUCUCCUUAUGACACUGCCAUGGAAGCACUUUCCUCCCUCAUUACUCGCCAAAAGCGUGGAGAUAGGUCUCCAGUUGGUAAAUAUAAAAAAUUGGACAGGAUGUUGAUGUAUGUUAAGAUUCUGGGUUUGGAAGAACAUCUUGCCAACCUCAAAAUUAUCCACGUUGCUGGAACUAAAGGAAAGGGCUCCACAUGCACUUUCUGUGAGGCAAUUUUGAGGGAGUGUGGUUUCCGAACUGGAUUGUUUACUUCUCCUCACUUAAUUGAUGUGAGAGAAAGAUUUCGUCUAGACGGGCUGGACAUAGCUGAAGAUAAAUUUCUCCAUUACUUUUGGGAAUGUUGGAAUCAGCUGAAGGAAAAUGUCACAGAUGAUUUGCCUAUGCCUCCACUAUUCCAAUUCCUCACGGUUUUGGCAUUUAAAAUCUUUUCUACUGAAAAGGUAGAUGUUGCUAUCAUUGAAGUUGGUAUUGGAGGGUCUAAUGAUUCAACAAAUGUGAUCAAGUAUCCUGUUGUCUGUGGCAUUAGUCCACUGGGAAUGGAUCACAUAGAAACAUUGGGAGAUACGCUAGGCUUGAUUGCUUCUCACAAGGCCGGAAUAUUCAAGCCUGAAGUUCCUGCAUUCACGGUACCACAACAAUCUGAAGCUAUGGAUGUUCUUGUGGAGAGGGCCAGUGGAUUGAUGGUCCCUUUGGAAGUUGCAAUGCCACUUGAUUGCAAGAAGUUAAAUGGAAUAAAAUUAAGCUUGUCCGGUGAUCAUCAGUACACCAAUGCUGGCCUUGCGGUAGCCCUUUGUAAAUGUUGGCUACAGAGAACAGGAAACUGCGAGAAGCAAUUUCAGCAGGCCAGCCUGGAGGAAAAGAUUUUGCCAGAUCCAUUUUUGAGGGGCCUUUCAACUGCACGCCUUUCUGGAAGGGCGCAGAUUGUUCAUGACUCUUCUUUGAAUUCUUUGAAUAUGUCGGGGGUGAACAGAAGUUCUUCAGGAGAUUUGAUCUUCUACUUGGAUGGAGCUCACAGUCCGGAAAGCAUGGAAGCCUGUGCCAGGUGGUACUCUACUGCUGUGAAAGGGAACAACAAUACUCCAUCAUUUUCACCUUCUUGUUCAAAGUUUCUAACUAUGGAGAGAGUUUGGGGCAAUAGUAGGGCGAACCAUGGAAACAACGAGUCCAAGAAAAUAUUCAAGCAGAUACUGUUGUUCAACUGCAUGGAUGUGAGAGAUCCCCAAAUUCUUCUUCCAACCCUUGUUAAUACAUGUGCUUCCUCAGGUACUUAUUUCUCAAAAGCUAUUUUUGUUCCAAGUAUCUCAAAAUAUAGCAAGGUUACUUCUGCUUCCUCGGCUGUCCCUUUAGAUAGCCUGUCCAAGGAUUUGACAUGGCAGUUUAAUCUUCAGAGAGUGUGGGAGAGGAUAAUCCAUGGAAAAGAUGUAUCUAAUAAGAGUCUCCAUUUGAAAACUCCCGAAAGUUUUCCAUCACGCAGAUUCAUUCAUGAGGAUGUUUCCAAUUGCAGUCCUACAGAUGGACAUUUUGCAUGCAGUGUUGUUGUUUCUUCAUUACCAUUGACAAUAAACUGGUUAAGGGACUGCGUUAAAGAAAACUCUUCCCUUCGGAUUCAGGUUCUUGUCACUGGUUCGUUGCACUUGGUUGGAGAUGUAUUAAAGCUACUUAGGAGAUGA